AAAACAAGGUUUGCACCUUUCCCCGCUCCAAUAAAUUAGUUUAAAGUUCAAAUUGAUCCGCGAUAUAUUAUAGUGUCUUAAUUGAUCGGCGAUGUCUGAUUCUGAACGUUCGAAAGCUUUUGAAUACAUGAAAUGGCGGGGCUAGAAGAAGAAUGGUCAACUCUCGUUUCAGAUAUUCACUUCAAACGAUAUGGUGACGCGCUUCAGAAAUUGCAGACUAUUAUGUUCUCGAGAGAUGCAGGAUCAAUGUUGACGGCAAGGCUGCGAGUCUCAGAAUUGCUGAGAAAGACGGCGUUUAGUUACUUGAAAUUAAUGGCGCAGAAGUCCAUUCAGGAUAAGCUGAACAUGCUUCAAUUCUUGCUUGAUGCGUUCACCUGUACGCACGACAGAGAGAGCCAAUUGGUUGUUCGGUAUGAGGCUUUGAUAUUACGAGAAUUUGAUGUUCGUAUUGGUCCCCAGCUUAAUGUUUAUAUUGAUGAGUGGGUAUGUUUUGCUGAAGAUUGUCUGAACAAUGGCUUCAUUCCCAAUGCAAUCAAGGGAUUUGACAAAGCACUCCUAUAUUUGGAUUCCUUAAAUAAUGCGAAUCAAAUGGCAGAGGAACUUUGUAAAUGCAGAGAAAAAGCUGAUGCAAUCAGAGAAAUUAGAGAUCUUGCACAGAACAUGUUGUCCGCAGAUAGUGGUAUGCAAUAUUUAAAGUUCUAUUCCUUGAUGUUUCAUUUCUUAAGAAGUCAAUGA